GGCUUACGUAAGCAAGCUAGUCCCUUUCAACUCGAUGGCACAGAGCACAUUCGACCGGAGACGCGUGAAUGGACCAGAGGAAUCGUUUCCGCCUAUGUUCGACGACGAGGACGACGGUGGGCGUGGGUGGACGGCGAAGCGCUGUCGAGGGGCGGAGGACAUACGACCUAUCUUUUUGCAGCCAGGACUGGUAAGUCAAGCAAAUGGCUCCGCAUACAUCGAAACAGAAAAUACAAAGCUCGCAUGUGCUGUGUAUGGACCACGGCAGUCAAAAACGACAACGUACAGUGAAAGGGGUCGUCUGAACGUGGAAGUCAAGUUUGCGCCCUUUUCCUGUGUACGAAGGAGGGCCCCGCUUCGAGACGCAGAAGACAGGGCUGUUGCCAUUGCGAUCCAUCAAUCGAUUGUUUCGUCCAUAUGUCUAGAACUAUUUCCAAAAUCUACGAUCGACGUCUUCAUCGUCGUCAUAGAAAAUGACGGGAUUGAGGGCUGCAUAGCUUCGGGGUCGAUCGCGGCAAGCACUGCUUUGGCUGAUGCAGGCAUCGAAAUGCUGGGUCUCGUAGCAUCAUGCUCUGCCGGUGUACGUGGGGAUGAGAUCCGUUUGGACCCUGUGGAAAAAGAGGUAGCAGCGGCAGAUGGCACGGUCAUACUCGCAUGUAUGCCCGCUUUGUCUUCGGUUACGAACGUAUAUCAGUCAGGGAGAGUAAGCGCUCAAGGUGCAAUGAAGUGUAUGGAGCUAUGCCAGGACAGAUGCAUAGAUGUACACGCUGUCAUGGCGCAGUCACUGUUGAGCAGCAGAGCAUCCAUGCCGUAACAUGGUGGAUCAACUUCCUGUCGUCUGCGUGCUGGUUGCGCUGGUGGACUAGGACCCGCAUCCCGCGGUUCAGGGUCUUGUAAAUCUGGCUUGACAGCUCGAAGGUUCGAAGCCCAUGUAGCCGUAUGGUCUGAAAAUCCAUCCGCAAAGCAUCGGAGGCUCGCUCAUUUCAUCGGCGCUUGCUUGUACUUUAAUGGCACUAUUUACAGUCUUCGCAAAUUCCUUG